AUGCUCUCGUCGAUGAACAUGUUCCGAGCAUUAAUAAACCGGCGGGCGAGUAGGUCAAUUAAGACGUGGGGACCGGCGGAGGAACCAGCAUGGCGGAGCUUCAUCAACACCCCCUUGCUUACCAGAGAGCAGAUAUACCGGCUCGAAUCCAGUAAUCUGAAACCAUAUAUUGUUCACGUUGCUCCACCUACCGGUUCCUCAGAAGAUCUGCUUAGCUACUAUCAAACAUUUUUGCCCAAAACCGCAGCAGGUGAGGAAUCUCGCAUGCAUUUUGCCUACGAUUUUGUGUUUAAAGGUUUUGCUGCUUAUUUAUCAACUGAGGAAUUAAAGGCAAUGGAAAAGAUUCCUGGAUUCUGGUUGGCUCAAGAGCCACGUGUAAUGACUUUUUGCGCUCUUGGAUUGGGUUCGAACCAAAAUAUGGGAUUCCAGAAACGUAAACGUGCGAUUACGACAGUCAAAGGAUGGAAAUCAAUGAGUGAAUCAAUGAGGAAAGAAAGGUCCCAGAGCAAAACACAGGAGGCAAACUUAGCUGAAGAAACCAACAGCAGCAACUGA